AUGGCAAAAGUCACUGAUGAUGCCGACUACGAUGCCGGUGAAACGUACGAGAACGUAUCAAGUCCACUGUCUGAUGCUGGGAAUCAUGACAACUACUAUGGCAGGCGACUUCGGACUAGGUGCGUUAUACUAAGUCCUACUGAAAACAAGACCAAGUUGCGACGAGGUCAACCCACUUCUAUAAAUUGA